CACUUCCGUUUACCCUCUCUCAGCUCACUCAUGUCUGGGGGACUAGAAGCCCGCUUCUCCGGGGAUGACGUGUUUGUGAGCCGCUUCCCAGUGCACCGCGCCUGCCGGGAUGGAGAUGUUGGGGCUCUGGUCCUUCUGUUACAGCAGCUGUCAAACCACAUCCAUCUAACUGCCGAGGACUCCUUCUAUGGAUGGACUCCCAUUCACUGGGCUGCUCACUAUGGACAGCUGGAGUGCGUGAUGCACCUGGUGGAGAUGGGCUGCGAGGUGAACAGGGUGACCAGUCGAUUCAAUCAGACUCCAACACACACUGCAGCAUUCGGAGGACAUCCUCAUUGUGUGGUGUGGCUCACUCAGGCUGGGGCUGACGUCAACAAGCAGGACUUUGUUGGUGAGGCUCCCAUUCAUAAGGCAGCUCGGUCAGGUAGCUUGGAGUGUAUCCAGGUCCUUUUGAUAGCAGGCGCUAAACCGCAUUUAAAGAAUGCAAGUGGGCAGACGGCAGCAGACCUGGCCCACGCUCAAGGCUUCCACGACUGUUUCUGCUUCAUCUCCAACGCCCAGAAGCACCUGCACCAGCGUAGCGUGCCCGAGGGGAACGUAGUGCAGAAUGGAGGUGGUGCCCACUGCGGUCUGGACGCGCUCAGCAGAAAGAGGCAGCUAGCCGCUCUGGACGCGGGCAACCUGAAAAAAGCCAAAAGGGGUGAUGGUAUGCUGGUGCAGAGCAGCACGCUCGAGGAGCUGGAAGCCAUGAGCCCAGAGCUCAGCACAGCAGAUUUCAACAACGGGCAUCUCCACGCGGCACCUCCUCCUCCUCCACUCUCUCCAAACUCUCGCUCUCCGCCACGUUGUCGGCGGGUUUCAGCUGAGAUGUGCGGCUCCCUGCACCUGAGCAGCAGCCCGGGUGGGUGCGUCUCCAACUGGCCCGCGUGCCUGGGGCCAACAGGGGUGGACUGUGGGGAUUUCUUGCAUUAUGGACACUACCAUGGCUUUGGCGACACGGCCGAGGAGCUGAGUGACAGCAGCUGCAUCCAGGCGGAGCAUCCAUCCAAGCAGGCUGUGGAUGGCACCAUCCACCUAUACCACGGCUCAUAAACCCAGAGGGUUAGAGCAGACAGAUGUGCUUCCACUAAGCUUUAAAGGAUUACUUGGACGAUGAGAAGUAACCCUUCUGUGCCUACAGCCCACACCCAGGACGUGUUAGGCUCAGACUGACUCAGAGCGCUGUCCUGUGGCUCAUUCAGCAGGUGAAGCUGGGUUGUGAAAAAGCUGCUUCCAAAAAUAAUCUUCAGGGAUGGAUUUCUGUGACAUCACACUGUAGGGCAACACUAUACUCAUAACUAGAGUUAACUUUGUUCUCUUCUUGGUAUAAUCAGCCAGCAUCUCUGCAGUCCUGUCCUCACAGUGGCCUUUCAACCAUGUACAGCUGGUGGGAAUAUUUCACUUGUCUUUGUGCUAAGCGAGGUUAAAAAUGGUUCAGACCAUUAGUAGUAGGGUAGUACGGUGCUGUUUUCUUAGCAGAUGGCUGUGUGGGUGUGGAACUCGUCCCGGUCUGCUGGGACCUUCAUUAAUUGUGGUGUUUACGGCUCUGGGCUCAGCUCCUGACCUCCUGCUCACCAUGUAGCCUCGGGAGUGUUGCUGCUUUGCUGUGCUGCAGAGAGCUGCACGGUUGUGUGUGUGUGUGUGUGUGUCAUUGAACUGCACCGAGGCUGAAAACUGUUUUAGAGAUCUCACUGUAAUUUCAUGAGGCUUAAACCAUUUCUUGUGUUUUGUACGAUGGUUGUAGACGGGCCGUCUGUUUUUCUGAACACGGUGUGUCACACACGACCUUACACUGACCUGCGUUUGUACUCAAUAAAACCUGUUUUACACACA